AUGAAGUUUGAAGUAAUCGAGCCAGAGGUGGAUGGGCUCAGCCUAUUACUGCUCUCCUUACUCCUGGUGCAAGCUGGUGUCUGGGGAUUCCCAAGGCCCCCAGGGAGCCCCCCUGUGAGCCUGCAGGAGCUGCGCAGGGAGUUCACGGUCAGCCUGCAUCUUGCCAAGAAGCUGCUCUCCGAGGUCCGGGGCCAGGCUCAUCGCUUUGCUGAAUCUCGGCUACCAGGAGUGAGGCUGGACCUGCUGCCCCUGGGAGAGCAGCUCCCCAACGUUUCCUUGACCUUCCAGGCCUGGCGCCACCUGUCCGACCCAGAGCGACUCUGCUUCCUCUCCAUGAUGCUUCAGCCCUUCCAUGCCCUGCUGGGAGGCCUGGGGAGGCAAGGCGGCUGGACCAGCUCAGAGAGGAUGCAGCUGUGGGCCCUGCGGCUAGAUCUCCGGGACCUGCAGUGGCAUUUCCGCUUCCAGGUGCUGGCUGCAGGAUUCAACCUGCCCCAGGAGGAAGAGGAGGAGGAGGAGGAGGAGGGGAAGGGUCUGCUCCCAGGGGCUCCAGGGGACUCUGCACCAGCAUCAUCGGCCCAGGUGUCCUGGCCCCAGCUGCUCUACACCUACCAGCUGCUGCACUCCCUGGAGCUUGCCUUGUCCCGGGCUGUGCGGGAUUUGCUGUUGCUGUCCAAGGCCGGGCACCCAGGCCUGAGUUGGGGCUCUCAACACCCAGAUCCCGGCCAGGAUGGAACGAUGUUUUAGCCCCUUUCCCUCACUCUUUAGGACUUCAGGA